AUGCCCGAAGGAACGGAUGUCAUUCAAGAUGGUUCCGAAAUGCAGAAGAUCAUCGAGGGAGAUGCUCACUUCCAUCGCUUAGGAUGGAAAUGUGUAACAGUAAUCCUAAUCAUCAACGCAAUCGCUUUGGAUAGCCUUAGUCUGCCUGCUGCUUUCGCCUCUCUCGGGAUGGUUGCAGGUGUCCUUGUCUGUAUCGGCAUCGGUUUCAUUGCAAUCUACACAAGUCUCAUCAUUGGCCAGGUGAAACUCGAAUUUCCAGCAGUUGCACACUACGUUGACAUUGGACGUCUCAUGAUGGGUGGAUUUGGAGCUAUACUCGUCAUGUUUGUUAGCGGCGCGAUACUUGUUAUUUUCUAUCUCCCACCUGUUAUGUGGUUCGUCCUCCUCAAAGAAGGCGCUUGGUACGAUCGUGAAAACAUCAAAAGCUCUGUUUGCAACGGCAUCGUAUUUGUUAUCGGCAUCACUAUUAUUGGGUGCAGUACCUACGCGAGUAUUGUUGGAAUGGUAAGUUUAGCAUUAGAUUUGGUGAUGAAUAUAAAACUAACAAGAUUUUCUAGAUCCAGAAGUUUGACUCGGGUUCUGUUGGAGACCAUUUUCAUGUUCCAGCCAAGAGGGACAUUUCCGCGGUCAAGGUUGUAG